GGCAAUUCAAGUCGAAGGUAUGCUUCCAGGAGAUUUCUUCGAUGAAGGUGAGGGGCUCUUUGAGUUGAAUGAGUUAGCCGCCGAUGAGAAGUUUUGUCUUUGGACUGAGGCGAUGCAUGUCAACCUGAUGACUGAAGCUGUGAAGCUCCUGGCUUUGAGAGCACUAAAGAAUCCACAAGAGAGCUAGAGGCUCCAGAGAUACACAAGGGAACCGCUUUUCUCCUUUCCAUUAACGACCUUUGAGAAACAUUUCUGCUUCUAGAAUACAGAGGGAAAGACAGAGAAUUAAAUGAAAUUUCAAUCA